AUGCGAGACUCGACCACUGAAGUGGACGUCAAGUUCGCACUCAAGCCAGCCUUCAGAGCCCUCAUGUACCCAGCGAUGUGGUUCUUCAUGCUCCUCUGCGUUUCGUACGGAGUUGCAACGACCUCGACAGGGCAAUUUUUGCCACGGAUUGUUCACCAACUGGGCUACAGUGCUGUGCAGACAAAUCUGCACCUCAUGGCCCCGGACUUGACAGGAUGCGUUAUCACGCUCCUUGUAGCCUGGCUGAGCGACCAUUACAAGGAGCGAGGAACGUUCCUGUGUCUGGGCCUGAGUUUCACCAUGAUCGGAUACAUCAUGGCCAGCGCGCUGGAUCCGAUCGCACAGACAGGAGCUUGCUAUGCAGAGAAAGGGUUCCUGAGCAGCAAUAAACAAGGGGGCCACCGGACAACUGGCAGGCGGACGGGAGCCAGUGAGAAAUUACCCAGUUUUGCUCAGCCUCUUGCGGGUGUUUUGAAACUUGCCCGGGGUUCAGCCUGGGAUUGA